AUGAGCCAUUUGCAGACCUUACUGUUAGAUACCCUCCUGGGAACGAAGCAUGUGGACAGUGCAGCUCUCAUCAAACUCCAGGAGCGGAGCCUGUGUGUAGCAUCACCAGGAUUUAGUGUAAUGCCCAGUGAUGUUCGAACACUUGUGAACGGAUUCGCCAAGAACCCUUUACAAACGCGAAGAGAAGGAUUAUAUUUCAAGGAAAAGGAUUACAAAUGUGUCCGGGCAGAUGAAUAUUCUCUUUAUGCUAAGAAUGAAAACACUGGUGUGGUGGUUGUGAAGACCCAUCUGUAUCUUCUGGUGGCGACUUACACUGAGGGCAUGUAUCCUAGUGUCUGUGUCGAAGCCACAGAGAAGCUGGGAGAAUAUCUAAGAAAAAAAGGAAGCUAAGUCAUCAGACAACUAUGGAAGACAGUCUUUAUUGUUUUAGAACUAUAGAGCAUCAAUAAAUAAAUAAUGC